AUGGGCAGCUUUCUUAUGAAUUUCCAAGGGCCACUGCUUUCAUACAUCAUAUUGCUUUACAUUGUUGUGAACAAAGCCAGAGCUCUCAGUCCUGAUGGUCAAGCACUUGUUAGCUUUAGGACAACCAUUCUGAGUUCGGAUGGUGUCCUUUUGCAGUGGAGACCAGAGGAUCCUGAUCCAUGUGGGUGGAAAGGAGUAAAAUGUGAUCCAAAAUCCAAGAGAGUUACAUCUUUGAGUCUUCCUAAUCACAAGCUGAGUGGAUCUAUAUCAUCAGACGUUGGAAAGUUAGAGCAUUUGCGGUUUUUAGCUCUUCAUGACAACAGCUUUUAUGGGACAGUACCUUCAGCAUUGGGUAAUUGUACAGAGUUGAAAUCAUUGAGUCUUCCUAAUCACAAGCUGAGUGGAUCUAUAUCAUCAGACGUUGGAAAGUUAGAGCAUUUGCGGUUUUUAGCUCUUCAUGACAACAGCUUUUAUGGGACAGUACCUUCAGCAUUGGGUAAUUGUACAGAGUUGAAAUCAUUGUAA